UUACCCCUUGAGGUCAUCAGUGAGAAUUUACGACUGGUCAACAAAAGCACGUGAUUCGACUCGCACCCCCCAUAUUUGGCCGCAUACAUAGAAGCGAACGAAGUACAGUCAUUUCUAUAAUUCAUUAAUAUAUCAUAAAUCGUGCAGCAUUGGGUUAUAACGACUAACAGCCACAAAUCAACCCAAAAAAACCAAAUGAGCUCUUACUUUGUAAACUCAUUCUCCGGUCGCUAUCAAAAUGGCCCGGAUUAUCAGUUACUUAAUUAUGGGACUAGCAGCUCCGACAACGGACCAUACAGGGACUCAGGCACCAUGCAUUCAAGCACUUACGGCUACAACUACAAUGGUAUGGACCUUAGCAUCACCCGAUCACCCUCAUCUAACCACUUUGGAGUGGGUAAUACAGAAAACUCCCGAAGAUAUCCUCCAGCUACAGAAAGCAGGUUCAGGCAAACAGCGAGCUGCACCCUCUCCUCUCCAGAACCCAUACCCUGUUCCGGCAAGGACAGUCACGGAGCCAAGGGUUCUCCAUCUGAUCCGGCUACCUCCUCCAGUUCAGCAAGUAAUUUUACAGAAAUGGACGAGGCCGGAGCAUCCUCAGAUGCCGAAGAGAGCAAUCAAGCCAACAGCAACCAUCUCAGGGCACAGCAAGAAUCAACACAGACGACAACAGCACAUCAACAGCCACAAAUAUUCCCUUGGAUGAGGAAGCUUCACAUUGGCCAGGAUGGUUUGAGUGGACCGGAUGGGAAAAGGGCAAGAACCGCUUAUACUCGUUUCCAGACUUUGGAGUUGGAAAAAGAGUUCCACUUCAACAGAUAUCUAACCCGGCGGCGGAGGAUAGAGAUUGCUCAUGCACUCUGUCUCUCAGAACGGCAGAUCAAGAUCUGGUUCCAGAACCGGAGAAUGAAAUGGAAAAAGGACAACAAGCUCAAAAGCAUGAGCAUGACCGCUGGAGGAAGCGCGUUUCAACCAUGAUAAUAAAAAAAAGUAUUUUAAAAAAAAUCCAUGCUCCAGUACUGUACAGCGAGGCUCUUCUCUACCCCACUCCCCCACCCCCAAC